CAGGUACCUCGUUGAUACCUUGCAGAGGAAAUGGAGGCAAUGAUGCAAACUCUGUUGUAAUUAAAACAUAAAGAAAAAAUAUUCUUAGCUGUACAGUACUCGUUCAGUAUCAUUCAAUGCCUAACAUUUCAGAAGAUGAAAAGGAGAAUGGUUCUGGAAGUAAUGGAAACACUGAAAACAAACCUGGGAAAGAAUCCCCAGAAGCUUCUCUUCACGAUCCCGUGAAGCCAUACUGCAUGUCAGAUGCCUCCACUGCAUCCCUGGUGUCUAGAAGAGAUGGGCAUUAUCCAUGGGGAUGUCCUGUGACUCACACGCGAGAGAAAUUUUAUACCAUCUGCUCAGACUAUGCUUUUUUAAACAGAGUGACAUCUAUUUGUAAAAGUCCAAGUGCUUCAGUUAGUGCCUGCCUGUCAGGCAGUGCUGCCUUAAACGUUGGAAAUAACACACCCAGCUUACUCGAUUCAAAGGUAAUCUACAGGGAAGACGCUAACUUGGAAAGCUUGCCUGGUGAUCUUGGAAAGCUUCCACUGGCAUGGGAAAUCGACAAAUCAGAGUUCAAUGGAGUGACUACAAAUCUGAAGAACAAAGGAGGCAACAUGAAGAAACAAGUGACAAAAAAAAAAUCUGUAGACAAAAAAAGCAAACAGUACAGGGAGUGUCCUCAGCGUUCUGCUCUUGAAGAUGUGAAGGAGAGGAAAGUGUUGGACCUCCGGAGAUGGUAUUGUGUUAGCCGACCUCAAUAUAAGACUUCCUGUGGAAUUUCGUCCUUAGUGUCCUGCUGGAAUUUCUUAUAUAGUACACUGGGAGCUGGAAGUUUGCCACCCAUUACUCAAGAAGAAGCUUUGCAUAUACUGGGCUUUCAACCCCCGUUUGAGGAGAUUAGGUUUGGUCCUUUCACUGGAAAUACAACUUUAAUGAGAUGGUUUAGGCAAAUAAAUGAUCACUUCCAUAUCAAGGGAUGCUCCUAUGUUCUGUAUAAACCUCACGGGAAGAACAAGACAGCUGGAGAAACUGCUGCAGGGGCCCUUGCAAAGCUAACACGUGGACUGAAAGAUGAAUCAAUGGCCUACAUCUACCAUUGCCAAAACCAUUACUUUUGCCCAAUUGGAUUUGAAGCAACCCCAGUAAAAGCCAGUAAAGCCUAUAGGUUGCUGGAUUUGGACUCGGGAGACCUGGGUUCAGUUCCCAGUUCAACCACAGACCUCAAGUGUGAUUUUAGAGGUCGUGUCUUACAGCAAGAAGUAGAAUAUUGGAUCUUGAUUGGAGAGCCGAGCAGAAAACAUCCAACAAUACACUGUAAGAGGUGGGCAGAUAUUGUCACUGACCUAAACACCCAAAAUCCAGAAUAUCUAGAUAUUCGACACCUAGAGAGAGGAUUACAGCAUCGAAAAACAAAGAAGGUUGGAGGAAAUCUUCAUUGCAUCAUUGCCUUCCAGAGACUUAACUGGCAAAGAUUUGGUCCUUGGAACUUUCCAUUUGGAAAUGUUAGACAGAAUAAACAAUCCCAAACACAAGGACAAGGAAUUUCCAAAUCUGAGAGUGAAGACAAUAUCUCAAAGAAACAACAUGGACGACUGGGUCGAUCUUUCAGUGCUGGCUUUCAUCAAGAAUCUACAUGGAAGAAAUCUAAUCUUCGUGAGAGGAGGAACAGUGGGUAUCAGAGUUACAAUGAUUAUGAUGGAAAUGAUUAAAAUUAACUUCAGCUAAUAGAGUUGAUACAUUAAAGUUAGUUUUAAUCAAGACAUAUUAGGGAUCUAUUAGUCCUAGAAUACAUAUGAAUAGAAAUUACGGUAUAAGACACAGCUUCAUAAUUAUUAAAUAAAUGAUGAUAUGGUUGCAGUGGAUGAGAGCUGAUGCAUAAACUGAUAGAUAAGCACAGAUUAUUGUACUUUCGCAAUCAAAAGUAAAUAAUGACAGGAAAGUCAGUAAUUUCUUUUGAAAUAAUUGUACUAUGUCCUGAUCAGUGAAAACAAAGGAGCAAUUUAAAUUAGUCAAUGUGAUAAACAGAUUUUAUUGAAAACACUUAGUAUUUACAAGCAUGAAAAUGUAUGAUAUGACUUUAUAAAAAGGGUUAUUCUGUGAAUGGUGUAAGGAUAAAAGUAAACAUUGCCUUCCUUUUUAACACUCCAUUUUAUUAAGGCUGUUCAUAUCCAGCGAAAAGGAAAAAAAACCACAUAGGUUAGAAAACCUUGUUGGAUUUACAAAGUGAAUGUACAUUCUCCGUUUGGUUCCUGGUAGACUUCUAUCAGUCUGAUAAUCGUAUAUUGUCAAGCAGGUCUCAGUUUCCUUUCCCUUAGCUGGAUGCCUGGUUUAGACUGAGAGGAAUUGCCUGUGGCAGGAAGGUGUGAGGACAGACCAUCUUUAUUGCUUUUGCUCUGGUGGUACUGUGGCUGAACUCCUUCUUAUCCUGGAGUCUCUUCAGAGCACAGAUUUGCUUAACACAAGCUUGUGAAAAUGAGCAUUAAAAAGCUGCAUUUACUAUUAGCCAAAUGAGCUAGCUGAACACCGCGUUCUGUUGGCAGUUGUUUUCCUUGUUCAGUCUGAAAACCUCUAUCAUUUUUCCACUGCUCUUUUCGUUUUGUGUGAAAGGGAUGCAAGUGCCGAAAACUGCUGGCAGCCCUGAUGAUACUAUAUACCUCUCAGCCAGCAAACAAUUCAAGCUUUUUCAGGUGUCUGUGUGAAGUUUUUCUUUUCUUUUUCCUUCCCUAAUUUGAAAUUGAUCCAGUUGUUGCCUAAACACAUCUCAACAGUUGUAACUUUCUGUGUACAAAAUGUUCAUACCUCCUCAAAGUUAAUUUUGUGACAUAAAAGAUUUGUCAUGGAAUGCAGGGGUUUUGUAGGUUGCUGCUUUUGUUAACCAAAAAUGGGAGACUUUUAGACUUUUGUUCAUUCAAUAAAUAAAAUUUGUUUU